AUGAACCAUGUGGGUUUACCGGAUGGUGUCAGUGCUGGAGUGGAUGAGAAAGGAGAACCUAUUUUCUACUUCGUUCUCUUCUCACCCUUCCCUGGUUUUAUGUUGGGCGUCCUUGACUGGCCGUCAAUUCGACAAUUGCUCUUGUAUCUUCCGAGUGGGCUGAGCGUACCUAUAUUGAAGUGGGGCUUUAUUGUUCGCACAGAUAAAAAUGGUGUGGUUACUCGCACUUGGCAAGACCACAGUGGCGAAACCUUCCAGCUCACCGCCGUCGAGGUGACCAAAGGAGGCCUCUAUGUAGGCGGAUUGCACAAUAACUUCGUAGGAUUCUUGAAGAUCGACAAAUAGAGCUAGGUAACCUAUACGUGGACAACUCGCCAAAAAUGUUAUCACCCAUAGUACUACUUAGACGGGGCAAUUCUAGCUUGCUCUGUGGCAUUGAGCUGAACAAUUUCUGUCGUCUAAAUGAAGUAGUAAGUAAGUUUGUGUAGUAUAAGGUAGCGUUAUAUAGCACCAUUACUGCUUCCCGAUUAAAGCUAUUACCAACAGA